CGUUAUUUGUGACCUUGGGAGAUAGGGAGACGAAAAGAAAAAGAGAAUCCGAACACCGGGAGCAACCCAGAGAGAUGCGUGGAGUGGGCGGCCCGUUGCUCUGCAUCGGCGAUCUGCUGAGCGACGUAGCCGACGACGAUGGCGGUGGUGAUGGGGGCGGCGACGAGAGCCUCCCUCCCUCCUCUCCGACGGCGGUUCCUCCUGUCCCCCUCCGACCAUCCGAUCUCCACCAACUUUUCCAGGAAAACUACGGUCAGUUGAUUGAGUCAUUAGCAGGGACUGACCACUCGUGGACAGAUCUAACACUAAAGCUAUGUGCCGCCCUGAAGACAGCAGAUAAUUUGGUCAGUUCUGCCAAUUCAAAUGUUGGACUAUUACUAGAAAAGGUGGCAGUACUCGAGAGUAUAAUAAAGCGAGGCGAUUCUGCUGUAGCAAUAGCAAAAGAUAUCCAGAUUAUGCAGGCAAAUAAGGAGGCGCCUUUUACCAUUAUUGUGGAUGACAAUGAUGGGGGGGCGGGACAGAAGAAGUAGAAAACAUUGUCUGGUUUUAUGAGUUGUGAGGUUUUGGCUAGAUGCAGGUACUAAAAUUAUGACAUGAGUUGUGUAUUUUGCCAUCGUGGCUGUUCUGCUGUAUUAUCUUCCAUUUAGAAACCAUUUGGUCAGCGAAGUUGCAAACUCAUACAAACAUUAAAAUGCAUGGCAUGAAAAGCAGCCACUACACCUGGAAUGCUACUCCAUGGGUUUAAGAACUUCUGUACAAUGUAUGUGAUGUCAAAUAGUUUAUCCACGCAACAGCCAUA